AUUUCAAUACUUAUCUAUUUCCAUUGAUUAAGUAUACUUGAAAAUUAAAAUCUAAAAACAAAAUCAAAUAGCCGAUUCUAAUUAAACACGUAUUUAAACCAUUAUUGCAGCUUAAAUUGUCUAACUUACAUCUCAGCAGGUACGCUUUAUUGACGUUAUAUACCGUUGAGAAAAAAAAUUCAUUGACUAACAAGAUGAGUCAUCCUGAGUAACUAAUCAAAAUGUAUGCUAAGUAAAUGAUGUUCUCACAUAUGUGCUUUACAAAAAUAGUCAUAACAGACGUGCAUAAAAAAAUACUCGAGACUUAGCGUAGUUAAAUGGAUUACGAGUUCAAAAUUAAGACUGGCAAUGAAAGAGCCAAGGUAGAAGAACUUUUUGAUUAUGAAGGUUGUAAAGUGGGAAGAGGUACCUAUGGACAUGUGUAUAAAGCACGGAGAAAAGACGGAGACAAUAGCAAGGAUUUUGCUUUAAAGCAAAUUGAAGGCACUGGAUUGUCAAUGUCAGCAUGCCGUGAAAUUGCUUUGUUAAGAGAACUGAAACAUCCAAAUGUAAUAAAUUUAAUACGUGUAUUUUUGUCACACAAUGAUAGAAAAGUAUGGUUACUAUUUGAUUAUGCAGAACAUGAUCUUUGGCAUAUAAUAAAAUUUCAUCGAGCUGCUAAAGCAAAUAAGAAACCUGUUAUGGUUCCUAAAGGAAUGGUCAAAUCACUGUUGUUUCAAAUACUUGAUGGGAUACAUUAUUUGCAUUCUAAUUGGGUUUUACACAGAGAUUUGAAACCAGCAAAUAUAUUAGUUAUGGGAGAAGGUCCAGAAAGAGGACGAGUUAAAAUAGCUGAUAUGGGAUUUGCUCGAUUAUUUAAUGCCCCAUUAAAACCACUGGCUGAUCUCGAUCCUGUUGUAGUUACAUUUUGGUAUCGUGCUCCAGAACUUUUAUUAGGAGCAAGACAUUACACUAAGGCUAUUGAUAUAUGGGCUAUCGGUUGUAUAUUUGCUGAAUUAUUAACAUCAGAACCGAUUUUUCAUUGCCGCCAAGAAGAUAUUAAAACAAGUAAUCCAUACCAUCACGAUCAACUAGAUAGAAUUUUUAAUGUAAUGGGUUUUCCUCAAGAAAAAGACUGGGAAGACAUAAAAAAAAUGCCAGAACACACAACUUUAAUGAAAGACUUCAAACGUUCAAACUAUUCAAAUUGUUCUUUGAUCAAGUAUAUGGAUCGGCAUAAAAUAAAACCAGAGAGUAAAGCAUUUCAUUUGCUGCAAAAAUUACUAUUAAUGGACCCAAACAAAAGAAUUACUUCUGAGCAAGCAAAACAAGACUCAUAUUUUCAAGAAGAUCCUACACCGACUUCUGAUGUUUUUGCUGGCUGUCCGAUUCCGUAUCCCAAAAGAGAAUUUUUGACUGAUGAUGAUCAAGAUGAUAAAGAUAAACGCCAGCAAGCUACGAAUAUAUUUGCAUAUGAUCGUGGACGGUACUUAGUCGAUAGUUCUAACACUCGCACUUAUAUUAAGAACGAUAAUAUCACACCUAGAUUUGACAAUAUUGCCCAGGAACGUCGUAAUAGCUUAAUCGACAACGCUUAUGUUAAUAGUUUGCACAAUUGGCAUGGCUUUAAUCCUACUGCGCUGGAGGGUGCUCAUUCUGAUCAAGCGGGAAGUCAUCAUAGUCAUCAACAACAACAACAUGCUGCAAACCAAAAACGAAUGCGAAUGAAUGGACUUGGUGGUCAUCCUAGUGUUAAUCCUGGAACAGUAAUGCCGAGUACAGUUCAACAACAACAACAGCAACAACAACAAGUACAACAACAGCAACAACAAGUACAGCAACAACAACAGCAGCAGCAGCAACAACAACAACAACAUCAACAACAACAGCAACAACAACAAUUACAGCAACAACAACCACAUCAACAAGACUUUCAUCAUGUACCGCAACACCAACAGCAAAUGAUGUAUUCACAACAAGGAAAUCCGAAUGGCCCAGGACCAAGCUAUUCACAGCGAUUCUAAAUCUUUUGUAAUGAUAGACUAAAUUUUCAAGUAAUCUUUUAAUGACUGAAGGAUUCUACUAUCCGUGAAGAUUUAGAUUGUGAUCUAUACAUAUUUACUAUACUUGUACUAUAAAUGAAGAAUUAAUAAUCUAUA